GCGACUCGCAGGGCACACGGCCAGCCAAAAAGGACUCACCUUGGACACUUGUCUUCCACAUUCAUGAAACAUCUGGACGCCCAGACUUGGCAGUCUACUCGACAUGUGCACAAACGGAGAAGUGGCACGCAUCGGCAGAAAACUUGACAAGAUGGUCCACAAGAGCAACACGGAUGGCGCUCUGGAACUGCUGAAGGAAUUGAAGAACAUGACAAUGUCUCUGGAAACCCUGCAGGCUACCAGAGUUGGAAUGUCGGUGAAUGCUGUAAGAAAACUAAGUUCAGAUGAGGAAGUACAGGAUCUGGCCAAAGUGCUCAUCAAGUCCUGGAAGAAAUUAAUAGAUGGCUCUAAGGGGAAGUCAGAAAAGAAGAAUGACGCCUCUCCCGUGAGGAUAACUUCCACGUCCAAGGACUCGUGCAGCAGUGAGAAAAGCAGCAAGAAGUACUCGGUACUCAGUACAUCAUUCCCGGCCAUUCCCCUCACCACAGACACUGUUCGGAUUAAAUCUCGAGAACUGUUGGUGGCGGCGCUACAAACUGCUGAUGACUACAAGAGCUUUGGAGUAGACUGCAGCCUACUUGCCGCGCAAAUUGAGGAACAGAUUUUCGAGGAUUUCAAGUUGGUAGACAUGAAGUAUAAAGCCCGUCUACGGAGUAGAAUCUCCAACCUGAAAGACCAGAAGAACCCGGACCUGCGGCGUAACGUUCUGUGUGGAAACAUCUCAACUCAGCGCAUUGCCUCCAUGACGUCGGAGGAGAUGGCGAGUGCUGAGCUGAAGAAGAUGAGAGAGACUCUGACCAAAGAGUCCAUUCGGGAGCAUCAGCUGUCCAAAGUGGGCGGGAGCGAGACUGACAUGUUUGUGUGCAAAAAGUGUCAGGGCAAGGACUGCACAUAUACACAGGUGCAAACUCGCAGUGCUGACGAGCCAAUGACAACCUUUGUCGUGUGUAACAACUGUGGCAACCGAUGGAAGUUCUUCUAAGGAAAUUUCGUGAGCUGCGCCAUCAUGAUGUCAAAGAAGCAGCUGAGUUUUUGGUUUGAAGGGUCGCUUUGCUUUUUGUAACAUUUCUAAAAGAGAAAUAAAUGUACAGCAUGUAUAAUAUAUUUAAGAAACUAAUGAUGGUAUAUGUGGAGGAAAAAGUACAAGUUUGUAUCUGUUGGUAUUUUUUUUUAAUAUGAAGUAGCACGAUGAUAGACACCAAAUCUCCUCCAGUUAUGAGGGUUUUGUGGACUCAAAAUGUGUUCUCGUUUUUUUGCACACAAUGUUGACCAAUGUUGUGCCCAAUAAAGUUGAA